UUUAUGCUCCUCUAAACUCCUCUUUACAAAGGGGAAGCUGUGUAAUUGUGAGUAAUGCCCUUGGGCUAGAAAUCAGGCAGAAUCUUGGCCAGUCCAGUCAUCCUUCGUCAGGCCAAACUCCUGCUUCCGCUUAACAUUGCCUCAGUCAGGGAUUGCAGGAUUUAGCCCAGGUCACUUCCCAACCAUGGGAGGGAGGAAGGCAGGGAAGGAAGGAAGGACAAUGGUCCCCAGCUUAGAGCUGCCUGGAAGGAGUUUGUGACAGAUCAAUCCAUGGGAGCUGCACCCAGCCAGAGCAGCCUCACAAGUGGGUUGUGGUUUAAGGAGAUGUGGUCAAGUCACCUAGGGAAUCUGUUAUUUUUUGAGCCAGUCACUCUAAUCAUUAGUCCACGUUGCCCUCUAUUAUCAGCUGUUUUAGAAGGGACAUUGACAGAUGCACUUUACUUCUUUCUUCCUGCUUUGUGCAGCCAGACAUAGCUUUCUAACCAGUCCUGUUCAGCUCAUUUUUAUCCAGUUUAUUGCUAUAUCCAGGGGAAGGCACUUAACUUCCAUUGACUUUAGUAGGAGUGAGGCACCUAACCCUCUUAGCCAUGUUUGAAAAUCCCACUAGGCACCUGUCUGCAUUUAUAGGUACCUAAAUACCUUUGAAAAUCUGGCCCUAAGUCACUUUUGAACAUUGUAUCCUUCAUUGUCUUAUGUCUCAAACACGUCAGAGCUUUUAAUUUGAUGAUUUAAAGUACAAUUUAAGUCCGCCACAACAAGAUGCCAAAUGGUCAUUACAUGCCUGCAUUGUACCACCAUGAAGUAUGGUGCAACAGUGGCCCACACAUGGAAAGCUGGGGAGAGACUUAGGUUGGGAUUGUCAAAAGAACUAAGUGAUUUCGGAGCAUUUUCCUUUGAAAAUAAACGGGACUUGUGCUCCGAAGUCAUGUGGGUUUGUUUAUAUAGAAGAUCCAUGUUCGGAGGUUUAAAAUUAUUCCAAAUCAUAUGGAAUCAUCCCUGUACCGCUGGAAUACAGACAAAUUCUACAAGAAAUGCUGUAGCCUCUGUAGAAUCUUAAACCCACCCAUCUUAUAUUUAUCACAACAGCACAUCCUCUUCGGAGGCGUUCCUCACUGGACACUGUACCCUGUCACUGAAGCAGUGCUCUGGGCAUCAGCCUUAGGGCUAGUGAGUCAGGAUUUUGUCCUACUCUUUUAUUAAAAUGAUCUUUGCAAAAUACCUCAUUUUAUCUUCCUUAGUGCUAGGAGUGCAGUUAUUUCUGUACCAGACUCAGCGGAUCCAGUUUGUUGAAGUUAAUGACACUGCAAAGAUCCACUGUUCUUCCACAGAAAACUUGGAAGGAGGAAGUAGCAUAUUAUGGUAUUUGAGAAGAGAAGGCGAGACACCCACAUGCAUUAAGAGCUGUUUGGAUGAUCAAAAUGUAAGUAAAUUUGCUUGCAAACAUGAGACACACGGCUCAACGCUGGAAAUCAGCAAUGUCCAAAAGACUGACACUGGCAUUUAUUACUGUGCAGUUAGAAUUACCAGCUACCUGCUUUUCGGGAAUGGAUCCACACUGAUUGUUGGAGACAGUUUUACCAACAGCAGCUGGGUGAUGCUUUUGGUCCCAUUUCCACAUGGUAGUGAAGUCACUGGGACAGCGAAUCUGGCCUGUGUGAUCCAUGGAGUGUCCAGUCCAGUCCAUGUAUCCUGGAGUGUUUCUGGGGAGCUGCAGGAACAGGGACUGACGCGCUCACUGAAAGCAAAGGAUGGAUCUUUAACACUCAUAAAUCACAUCAGCGUCCCCAUGGACACCUGGACCAGUGGGAAGAAUUUCACCUGUGAAGUCAAAUUCAACUCUUCCGGCAACACUGUGAAGAAAAGUACCAGGUAUCCUGCAGAGAGUAAAACAGCCCACACCAGUAGUUGCCUACCUUCCAUUGUGUCCCUGGCAGUGCUGAGUGCCCUGAUGCUGUUGAUGGUGUCUCUGAGUCUCAUCUGGACCCUCUGCCCUUCCAGGCCAGGAUUCCAGCCCAGGAACUCUGCACCUCCAGCUUCACAGGAGAACCAGGGUGGAAUCUUAUACGCUCAUCUGGAUUUCGAUUCGCGGAAUCGCGACGGGCGCACGAUGCAGCCAUCAGCCAGAGGGAAACGUGUAAAACCUUAAACUGUCUAGUGCAGGGGAAUCCACACGUGGGAACUAACUGUUCUCUGCUGAUCUCAAUGCG